UCUUCCUUCCGCCCUCUCCAUAUAUACGUGCCAUCUACCCAAGUCCAGCACGAACAUAUUGCAGUAUAGCACAGUCUCGAGAUCGAUAGAAGGCCGCGAAGACGCCCAUGGAGGUCAAAUCUGCCGUCGCAGCCGUCUUCUUCUUCCUCCUCCUCCUCCUCCUCUCUCCGCCUCGCAUUUGCACAGGGAAAUUGACUGGAUCCAACGGUUCGGAGGUGUAUGACAUCGACUAUAAAGGUCCCGAGACUCACUCUUCUGCGAUCCCUCCGCCCACUCAUUCUCGCCGGACGCCCAGGAGCCACCAGAGAAGCGCCAAGCCACCACCUAAAGUCAAGAACUCGAAGAGCACCGAAACAAAUCGACGAACUUAAAAACAAGUUCAUGGGCUUUCACCAUGUGACAAGUGUCAGAAGUCUUGAUUGUGGGGUAUGUAAAUGCAGAGGGUUUGUUCGGAGACGUGGAGAUCCAUAAAAUUCUCUCCCUCCACGUCUUGGUUCUUAAGAGAUGCAAAGACAGAUGAAUAUAGUAUUUCAAGAAUUGUUUAAUAUCUUAAAGAGUGAAUUUUUGUGUGGUUAUAGAAAUUGUACUUGGGAAGCUACUUGUUCUAGGAAUCUUUUCCCUUAAGAAACUCUGCAAUGUAAUUUAUGAAACUCUCCAUUGGUUACCCAUUGCUAAAUUUCGCAUCUCCAAGUGCUUAAUCAUUGCCUAAUUGAUGUA